AUGUCAAUUCAAAAGCUAAACGACAAUGCCAACUCGGGCUAUGUUAGCUCCGAGGAGACAGACUCCCUGCUAGUAUCGAAUACAACGAAGGGAGCCGGCGGAGGUGGUGGCCGUACCGCCCUGUUGCGUCAGGUUAAGAACAGUUCGGCGAACGGGCCGACCUCGAACAAUAUGGCUUCCACGUCGGGCGGCAAGCCGACACUGAUGCGUCAGGAUCGGACUUCCACAUAUUUAACGAGUCCACAGCAAUCGCAGCAUGGCCGCAUGGGAUCCGAGGAGAGUAUGCGGGGUGGAAUGAUGGGUGCUGGUGGUGCUGGUGGAGGUGGAAUUGGGCACGAUGAGGAUAUUGAGCAGGGACUGAGGAUAACAGCAGCGAAAGUGCCUGAUAUUGAAGUACAUGAAGAGGACCAAGAACUAACACAGAACACAUCAACGACCACAACAAUAUCAGCAACAACAAUGACCAAGCAACAGCAGCAACUGCAACAGCAGCAACCGGAUCAACAACCGACCAUAUCAAUUAUGAAUUUAAGUCUUAAGCCACAACCGGAGUCAAGUCACGGCUCGAGUCAUCCCAAUUUGGGCACGAGCUCAUAUCAGAAUCUGGCCUCGAGCAUACCGCCGAGUGCGCCGAGUCGCUGUCGUGCCUGUCGCAAUUGCAGUCGUCGGGCGUCGACAACACCGAUCUCCAGCGGCGGCCAGAUCGAUCGUUCGGCAUCGCGGGAUAGUGUUAAGAGUGCCUUCCAGCCGGGCAAUCUGACCGGCUCGAUGGCCAUAUGCAUAUCAAAUUCAGCCCUCCAGCAGCAGCAGCAGCAACACUUGCAGCUACAACAGCAGCAACAAUUGCAGUUGCAUCAGCAACAGUUGCAGCUACAUCAUCAUCAGCAACAGCAACAGCAGCAACUGCAGCAGGUACCACCGGUGCUUAUUACGUCAUCGCCCACAAAUGGCUCACGGAUAAUACGUCAGAGCUCACAGCCGGAAUCGAGCAGUACGGCCAUCUGUUGUGGGUCGCAUAGCUCCUGUGGCCACUCCCACACGGUGCCGAAUGUGUCGCUGAAACAGCUGCGGGAAAGCACUACCGAUGGCAUUGCUGGCAUUGCCGCCGAUUCCCUAAGGAUCAAUGGCGGCAUGCGUCCAUUCAAACAGCUCCGCAAGCCAGCGUCGACACUUUCAAUUCCUGGCUCGAUGAAAACACCUUCCAUUGCGAACCGGGAACAGAUCUCAUCUGGAUGCAACGAAGAAGCGGCCGAGGCACUAGUGGGUAUCCACUCAGACUACCCUAGGUAUAUGGAAGAACGUGCGCUUACUGGCGGCAAUACGUCCAGAAAGCCAUCAACUAACUCGGCCAAACACAAACCCAAUGUGGGCUAUCGCCUGGGCAAAAGAAAAGCUUUAUUCGAGAAGCGCAAACGCAUUAGUGACUACGCCCUCGUUAUGGGCAUGUUCGGGAUCAUCGUGAUGGUGAUUGAAAACGAACUGAGCAGUGCCGGCGUCUACACAAAGGCAUCGUUUUAUUCGACAGCGUUAAAAACCUUAAUAUCUGUUUCGACUGUGAUUCUUUUAGGACUUAUAGUAGCUUACCAUGCUUUGGAAGUGCAGGUGAGAUUAUUCAUGAUAGAUAACUGCGCCGACGAUUGGAGGAUCGCAAUGACAUGGCAACGAAUUAGUCAAAUAGGGUUAGAACUUUUUAUAUGCGCUAUACAUCCAAUUCCUGGUGAAUACUAUUUCCAGUGGACGACGAAAUUGGCCAAUAAGAACAAAACAAUUGGCACUGAAAUGGUGCCAUACGACGUAGCUUUAUCACUACCUAUGUUCCUUCGAUUAUAUUUAAUCUGCCGUGUUAUGCUGCUUCAUUCAAAGCUAUUCACAGACGCAUCAUCACGGAGCAUCGGCGCUCUCAAUAGGAUUAAUUUUAACACAAGAUUUGUUUUAAAAACACUAAUGACAAUAUGCCCGGGAACGGUUCUAUUGGUCUUCAUGGUCUCGCUGUGGAUAAUUGCCUCGUGGACACUGCGGCAAUGCGAAAGAUUUCAUGAUGAAGAGCAUGCGAAUCUUUUAAAUGCAAUGUGGCUGAUAGCGAUAACAUUUUUGAGUGUUGGUUUCGGUGAUAUUGUUCCGAAUACGUACUGUGGACGUGGUAUCGCUGUCAGUACAGGAAUAAUGGGUGCCGGCUGUACGGCGCUACUCGUGGCUGUGGUAUCCCGUAAACUGGAGCUGACCCGUGCCGAGAAGCAUGUGCACAACUUCAUGAUGGACACGCAGUUAACAAAAAGGCUGAAAAAUGCUGCGGCGAAUGUUCUUCGUGAAACUUGGCUCAUUUACAAACAUACAAGACUAGUAAAACGGGUUAAUCCCGGCCGUGUAAGAACCCACCAAAGAAAGUUCCUUCUAGCUAUAUAUGCGUUGCGAAAAGUUAAAAUGGAUCAACGCAAACUAAUGGAUAAUGCAAACACAAUAACCGAUAUGGCCAAGACACAAAACACGGUCUAUGAGAUAAUAUCGGACAUGUCGAGUCGGCAGGAUGCCAUCGAGGAGCGUCUAACAAAUCUAGAGGACAAGAUGCAAAGUCUACAGGAACACAUGGAGAGCCUUCCAGAUCUAUUAUCGCGCUGUUUGACUCAACAUCAGGAGCGCAUCGAACAACGACGCAACUUUCUACAUCCGGAUACGGCCGCUGCGGCGAUUCAGCCGAUGCAGCAACCAACUCCGCCAUCCAUGUUCAACACCACGCCCAUGCUGUUCCCACAUUCUAGAAGUGUACCCUCAUCCAAUAACGCCGCUGCUACUUACCAUUGGCCAACAAGCCCUAUUUUGCCACCUAUAUCUAGUAGAACACCACAUUUAGUGCCUGAUACUCACAUGCCAUCAAAUGGAUCUGCAGUUAAUAGCUACGCAUCUUCCAACAAAUACGGCAGCUGAAUAUCAGAAAGAGAGCGCUCCAACUCCGUCAUUAACAUCGAGAUGCUAACAUUAAGAAGGCCACCACCAGCAACAACAACAGCAACAACGUCAAUACCAGCAUCCGCAUCCGCAACCACAUCCGCAUUCGCAUCCGCAUCCAUACCCAUGUCAAAAUCGAUGUCACCAACUCGGGUCGCCAUGGCAUUGGGGAAUUCACCGGCGUUGUCCGUGAACGAGGAACCAGAGCUCUUUGAGCUGACCCAACAUUCGGUUCGUUAUUCGCACUCGCAUCCGCAUUCGUAUCCGCAUCCGCAUCCGCAUCAUCGCAUCGUUGAGAGCAUCCGCAUACCAGCUGGCAUACCGGAGGAUGUCGAAUCCUUGACCAAUACGAACAGCAAUGGCUCAACCGAACAAUUUGCGAGUAAUGUGAGACAGGAGCUAUCGUUAGCAAAAUCGAUAACGAUACCGAUAACAAUACCGAUACCGAUAACAAUACCGAUACCGAUAACGAUACCGAUACCGAUAACAAUGCCAAUAUCAACAACUGCAUGUGCUACGAUUGCCGAGACGACAACGACGACAUCGAUUGCCUCUAAGAUCACC